AAUAAUGCCAAGAUAAAGUACGAAAGCAUGACACUGAUUACAGAGGACGUUAAAGAAAUUUCAGAAAAAAAGACAAACAAUUCAUCGAAUAACUGCAACGCACUGAAAUACGAUGGAAAAAUGAACUUGAAUGUCUCGAGAUAUCAAGAAAAUAAACCCACAAUUCCACAGUUAACGAGUAAAUCUAUAAAAAAAGAUUAUAUUUGUGAUAGUUGCCAACGUGUCUUCCAAAGAAAACACCAUUUAAUACGCCACAUGACAGACUGCAAACAUCACGAUUUAACCAACGAAAAAAAUUCGUCAAAAAUGCGCACUAAAAUAACAGAAAAGAAAAAGAAAACGGAUGGUAGUACGUUAAAUGAAAAAGACCGAGUAGUAGAAGAUAUUAAGAAUACAAGCGACGAUGAAGAACGUUGUCUUCCAUCAGUAAAACAAUCCAAAAUUUAUCCAUGCGGCUAUUGCGAGCACACUGCGGAGAAGAGGAAACUAUUGAAAACCCAUCUGGCAGAGGCGCAUCCUGAGAUCACGAAAAAAAAUAAGAAGUCCUUCGUAGUGACAGAGACGGUGCUGCGUGCCCGGAUGGAGCAUGACGGUAAGGUGUAUUAUCAUUGCGGUGAGUGUGGCAAGAAUCUGAAUUCGCCGUAUACCUUCUACUGGCACCUACGCAUCCACACAGGCGAGCGGACGUUUACUUGUCACCUGUGCGGCAAGCGUUUUCGCGUGAACCAGGGUCUGACACGACACCUGAAGGAGACUCAUGCUGGCAUCAAAAACGUACCAUGCGAUGUAUGCGGCCGCAUGUUUUCGACGCGGCGGAACGUCGAGGACCACAGACGCAUCCACACCGGCGAGCGACCGUACGUCUGUAACAUCUGUGGCAAGACAUUCAAACAGAAGGCCUCUCUGUUCGUGCACAAUCGCACGCAUACAGACGUGUUCCCUUUCAAAUGCAGUCACUGCGGCCAGACCUUCCGCACGCGUCCGCCACUAAUGGUGCACAUCACCAAACACACUGGUGAGAAACCGCACGCGUGCGACGUAUGUGGCCGUCGCUUCCGCAUCAAGUAUGAGUUAAAGCGGCAUCGACUUAUCCAUUCCGACGAAAAACCCUGGCGCUGCACCGACUGCAGCCUCUCGUUCCGCCAGAAACGCUACUUAGUUAAUCAUAAGAAGCUCAAUCACGAACCGCCACGCAGUUCGGCCACCCCUCAAGUAACGGGCUGACUCUCUUUUCAGAUGGACGCGUCAAGUGUCGAAAGAUGAA